GAUGUCAUUAUAAGAAAGCAGAGAGAGAACUCCUGUGCAUUCAUUGUGCAUGGAGCAUUAUUAGUAAGGGGGCUGCAUCCAUCCACCCACCCACCACACAUCACCAAUGCCCUGGUGGUGAUCAGACCUGCACACCCUCUUCUUCUGUAUGCAUCCCACUCAAGCGCCUUCAUUACCCGCUGUGAGCGGGAGGCAGAGAGAUGAACGGAUUGUCUUCAGCACGACGGCUGGAGUAAUUGUGCAUCAGGCCAGCUACCAGAGGUCUCCAGCCAACCCAGAGUGUAACGCUUGUAAAGCCUGGAGCUGUGUAAAUGAGUAUGGAAGAUUAUGAUUUCCUAUUCAAGAUUGUACUAAUUGGAAAUGCUGGGGUAGGGAAGACCUGUCUAGUACGGAGGUUUACCCAGGGUCUCUUCCCCCCAGGCCAGGGGGCCACCAUUGGGGUAGAUUUUAUGAUCAAAACUGUGGAAAUUAAGGGUGAAAAAAUAAAGCUGCAGAUAUGGGACACGGCCGGGCAGGAGAGAUUUCGGUCCAUCACACAGAGCUAUUACCGCAGUGCCAACGCCUUGAUUUUAACCUAUGACAUAACCUGCGAGGAGUCUUUCCGCUGCCUUCCGGAGUGGCUGCGGGAGAUAGAACAAUACGCCAAUAAUGAGGUCAUCACUGUGCUUGUGGGAAACAAGAUUGACUUGGCAGAGAGAAGGGAGGUCUCCCAGCAAAGAGCCGAAGAGUUUGCAGGUUCCCAAAACAUGUAUUACCUUGAAACCUCUGCCAAAGAGUCCGACAACGUGGAGAAACUGUUCCUAGACUUAGCGUGCCGCCUGAUCAGCGAGGCCCGGCAAAACGCGUUGGUAAACAGUGUGGACUCCUCCUUGCCUGGAGAGGGAAAAAACAUCAGCUAUUUGAACUGCUGUAACUUCAAUUAGCCAAGAGCUUGAUGUGUUUCCAAGCAAGCAAACAAAAACAUUCAGCGUGGGCCGAGAGUUUUUGAGGAGGUGGAUUCUCUCUGAGGAACGUUGCAGCAAUUCUGCCCAUAGCAGGCCGGUUUCAGAGUCUCAGCAUAGGGGACCACACGCAAGUCACCGCAAGCCGCGUGACGCACGGCUCAGGGCAGGACAGAAAAGUUGUGAGUCCUGUCGGCAAGUCAUGGGUACAACUAGACAAAACUAUAUACAUAUAUGACGAAACGGUGCGUAAGUCAGGGUUACUCUCUCUCUUUUUGUUUAUGCUUAGUAGGUAGAAGAACGUCUUCAAUGAAGUCCGGAUAUAACUGUCUUUGUCAGACCAAGAGAAAGGGCAACUUCUACACAAUUAACAAGUUUUAUAAUGUUAUUAUUUGGAAUGCUAGCACCACUUUUAAAGAGAUGGAUGUAACGUUUGAGACGGAAAGUGAUCUUUGUCCUGGAUUUUAAAUGAAUUAAAAACUGAAUUUUUAAUGCUUUGCUUGAACCGUUAACAGCAGCUUUUCAUUGACUGUCAUACUCCGGAAAAUACGUUUGAUUCUUAUUUUGCGUUUUUACCCUUAAGAAACUCCAGCACAUAACUUGGCCGCUAGUAUCAACCCUUUUGCCAAAUAGAGGAAAGAAUGUUUGUGUUUUACAGAGGAGAGAAAUGUACUGUGUAAUAGGAUAGGCCAGAGCCAGGGGGAACUGGGAGGACGCAAUUCCUGCGUCGGCACUAAUUAUUGUACUAAGAGCGACGACCACUUUUAGGGCUUAUUUAAUAAAAUAGAGGAAGUAGAACCACAGUUACCCCUAGCUACCAAUUAUAUGUGGACCAUACGGUGCGAAAUCUCUGUGAAAAAGGCUAAGCUGUAAAUAGGUGUGGCACACGGUGAAUGCGAUUAACCAGUGUGGGGAGCGUUGAUUCCUAUUGGAAGUUUACAGCAGAAAUGAUCUACGCAGUGCACGUUACCGUAAAAAAAUUGACACCAGAUAUAGGUGAUUUGCCGAAGACGUGGUCACUUACCGGUACUGUAAAAAUGUAAAUAUUUAGUAUAUAUGGAGCGCGGUUUGGUAGAGGUGGUAGCGUGCACAUCAAUAUGUCUCAGUGUAAGUCCAUGUGCCAGUUUAUUCUCACAUUCCCAUGUGUAUAUGAGGUUUCACAUCGCCCCCAACCAUUUGUCCCUGAUAUCUCGGGAUCCGCUGCCGGUGUAGAACUCAGGAGGAAGUUCCCAGCGCAAAGAGGUUUUACUUUCUGCUGACAUCGGCAGCUAACAGCUGGUAUGUGAUUCGUUGCUAUAGGUUACGACUAGCAAUGCUGAGAGAGGAAGGAUGGGUACAGAGUAUCUGGACAUGUGGCCUGCUUUUGGUGGCCCAGCAGUGGCAAAUUAUUCAGGUAGAUAUAGCACCUACCUGGGGCCUAUGACUAGAGGCUAAGGGGUCUAUUUACUAAGCUUUGGAUGGAGAUAAAGUACCAGCCAAUCAGCUCCUGUCAUGUUACAGUCUGGAUUUUAAUAAUGACAGGAACUGGUAGGUUGGUGCUUUAACUCUGUUCACUUUAUUUCCGUCCAAGGCUUAGUAAAUAGACACCUAUAUGCCUGAUGGGGAUCCGGUCUGAAGAUCGACAGUGUCUAGGUCGACAAUGUUUAGGUCGACCACUAUAGGUCGACAGUCACUAGGUCGACAUGGAUAGAAGGUCGACAGGGUUUCUAGGUCGACAUGUGCUAGGUCGACAGGUCUAAAGGUCGACGUGAGUUUUUCACAUUUUUUUUCUUUUUUUGAAUUUUUUCAUACUUAACGAUCCACGUGGACUACGAUUGGAACGGUAAAGUGUGCCGAGCGAAGCGGUAGCGGAGCGAAGGCACCAUGCCCGCGAGCCAUGCGAGGGGACGCGGUGCACUAAUUUGGGAUCCCGGUCACUCUACGAAGAAAACGACACAAAAAAUAAUAAUCCUCAUGUCGACCUUUAGACCUGUCGACCUAGCACAUGUCGACCUAGAAACCCUGUCGACCUUCCAUGUCGACCUAGUGACUGUCGACCUAUAGUGAUCGACCUAAACAUUGUCGACCUAGACACUGUCGAUUUGAUGAACCACACCCUGCCUGAUGAUAGGUGGGGUCAGGCGACUGCAUGGACCAAAAUCUUCCUAUUGGUCUGCGGGGUUACCCUAAUACGUGCAGUGCGCGCGUCUUCACGCAUAGCUUCGAGAGGGUCCCAAAAGCUGCCAACUCCUCUGGGCCCCAGUGUACUCUCAGUGGCCCCCGUUACGGCACAUCAGUGCCCAUAGCACCAUGUUAUUACAUAAACAAAAUGGCCGAUAUAUCGGUGUACUGCGUAUUCGCGUUACUAAACUUGAAUAAUACUAUGCCGGAAUUAAAACGGAUCUAUAGCAGACCUGUCACCCUGUAAUGACGCUGAGGGCAAAUUGGUUACAUUGAUAUACUCAAUUUGUCUGAAAUUAUGUGUCUGUAUGUUUUCCGGCGUUUGGGCGCAAAUGGUCAGUUGUGGGAUAACAAGACUCAGAUUCAGAAGCUUUAUAGUAAUAUACUGGGCAAUAGGACUUAUGAAAACUAGAGGUAACCCAUAGCAACAAGUCAGCAGUGCCUUGUGGUCUAACCUGUAUCUGGUAGCUAUGGUUACAGUACAUUCUCCCUGGGCACUAGAAAUGCUCAUUAUUCAAAUACCGUUGUGAUUUUCAGACAAAAUUAUGUUAUAGAACAUACACAUAAUUAAUUCCCUUUUCUGUGUCUUAUUUUGUAAAAUAGAUUACCUCAAGUAAGUCUAUAUUUCCCCUACAUCUGGGUAACUGUGUCUAACAGACAACUUUUAGUAAUCAUGGCUGUUAAUUAAUAACUUCAAUUGUUUCAUUGUUAAGUGGAAUUUAUGAAUCCACAAACUGGAUGUAAAAUUCUUUGCUAUAUAUUUCCUCAGAAAUGGUUUAUAUGUCCGAUCCACCCUGUAGGGUAAUGCGGCCCAUACAUCUACUAGUCCGACUCCCCGCUCUGCCAGUCCGGUCUGAUCACUGGUCCGAUUGCCAGCCAUCGAUGAACACAGAUUUUUCGGGAAAUCAGGGAUAUUGAACAUGCUCCGACUUUCCGAUCGUGACCAUUUUUUAGUCAGAACCAGCCAAUCGGGGUAAUCCAACAGUUGGAUUUGUCAGAUCCCCUGACCCCAGCAGAAUAAGGAACUGUCCCGAUACAUGCUAGAUGUACGGGCCCCAUAACAUCCUGUAUAUGCAUGUCUUUCUUUAAUCUAACAAGUUAAACAUCAUAAUUAAGAAAGCACAUAGCGCCACCUACAGGUUGUAUUUAAGUGCUGCACCCAAAGAAAUUCCAGACAGUCUUUUUAUUAGUUUUCCAAUCACUUUUGUAUAAUGCAUCCCCAAACAUAGAGAGUUUCAGCAAAACAAGCCAUAGUUACUUAUUAAACAUAUGCAAAGCUGACAUGAAUUAAAUAAAAAUAAAAUGCCAUUACACUCCUGUUAUUAGACUGCCUCAGAGUCAGAUCAUCCAUUCGGCUAAGCCUGGCCAACCUGUGGCCCUCCGGUUGUUGUGAAACUACAAGUCCCAGCAUGCCUUGCCAAAGUUUUGCUAUUCGGGAAUGCUAAACUGUGGAAGGAUAUGCUGGGACUUGUAGUUUCACAACAACUGGAGAGCCAUAGGAUGGCUACCUGGAGGGCCCAGCGUACUCUAAUGCAUUUUUUUUUUCUUUUUUACAUAUGAAUGGGGAAGUGCUGGCCCCAACCAGUAUCUAGCCCGCCUAGGGCCCUGUGGGUUUUUAAUCGGGCCCAUAUAUUAAAGCUGCAUUCUCAUGAAUAUUGCUUCAAGAUAGAAAAUGGCUGCUUCUUCUCUGCGAUGCAACUUGUAAUAUAUAAUAUGCUAGCCAUUUCUUUUAGAAAUAUAUGUUUCUUAGUACUAUUUAAUUAUUUCUUAUGUGUUUCCCCCCUUCCUGCUGGUGUUUCCUGGGAAAUGCCAUUAACAUCAAUAUGCAAAUGAGCUAUGAGACAGACUGAGCAGGUCAAAUAAAAAAAUCAAAAUAUCUCCUGCCGCUGUAGCUUUAAGAGUAAUGCAAAAGUAAAAUCAACAGAGUUGGUGGUCUUUCCAGAUACCAUAUUAAAGAACUGAAAGUAUGGCUGACUGUGAAAAUGAUGGGUCUGCUUUAAUUUGCGUUGCAUAUGUAUUUAGUACAGAAUAAUUCAUUUACGUAUGACUCUCCCACAUGGGGAUAAACAAGUUUGUUUGUUUCCCAUUUCCAUUUGUAGGGUUAUAAAUAUGCAAAUUGCAAGCCCCACCCACUCAAUUAACAUAAUUCUGUGAUGUUACUCCAGUGGCCAUGGAAUGGGGGAGGGGCAUUAGCAAUACUUGCAGGCGGAGCAUUCCUUUGUUAUGCAUACCUCAUACACCUACCAACGGUUUUGACAUUACCCGUAGUGAAAAUAGUAUUCUCCUGGCCCAUUUUGGAAUCUUGUCUUCCCGUCAUUCUCACCAAGACAGUACAGACUGCAGAGGCCAUUAGACGCGCAAAUAUUGGGAUCAUUAUAUAACCUUUUAUCAGAUUCACAGUAACAGGUAGGUCACAGCAGACUCCAAGCAGCGGCACUGUUAAACUUUUUCUAUUAUUUCACAUUUAUUAUGAAUGUAUUUGGUAUGUAUUUGUCUGUUCCUUAAUGCUGUAUAAUUUAGGAGCUUUGGAUGACAUCUUUUUUUUAUAUAUAAAUAAUAAUAAAAAAAAUACUGAUUAAAUUUG